AUGCUUUCAUCAAUCAAACGGUAUCACGAUGAACAACAACGUGUACAGAAGAAAACCUUCACUAAUUGGGUUAACGCACAUCUACAAAAGUUACCCCAACCAAUUCGUAUUACUGAUCUAUUCAAAGAUAUUGGAGAUGGAGUUACACUUAUCCGUCUUCUCGAAGUAUUAUCGGGCGAGAAACUGCAAAUUGAAACUCCUCGUGUCCUACAAAGAGCUCAUAAACUUAGUAAUGUUCGUAAUGCACUGGAUUAUUUAGAAAAGAAAUGUAAAAUAAAACUUGUAAAUAUUAAUCCUUCAGAUGUAGUCGACGGGAAACCGGCUAUCGUUUUAGGCCUUAUCUGGUCAAUCAUAUUAUUUUUUCAAAUUCAUGGUCAACAGAAAGUUUUAAGACAGGCUUUAAAAUCUCGUCGUAAAAGUUUGUCAAAGUCUAUUGAUGCUGAAUCAACUAAUGGCGGUGCUGGUGGUCAUUCUGAAGAUACCAGCCUAUCUGAACACACGACGACGGAUAGUGUUAAAAGUGAGACAGGGUCUAAAACCCGACAAACAUUAUUAAGUUGGUUGGAACAAUCCUUUCGAUCGCAUAAAUCAACACUGGAAAUUCGAGUGACAGACUUUGCUUCAAGUUGGCGUGAUGGUAAAGCUUUCUGUGCAUUGGUGCAUAACAUUAAUCCAAGUCUUAUUGACAUGGAAGAGGUUAAUAAAUGUCGUAAAAAUCGUGAAAAUUUAGAAUAUGCUUUCAGUGUAGCAGAACAGAGGUUGGGUAUACCAAGAUUAUUGGAUGCAGAAGAUGUUGAUGUAGAUAAACCUGAUGAACGUUCAAUUAUCACGUAUGUAGCGCAAUUUAUUUCAGCGGCCAAUUCAAAUCCACCUAAAGGUAAUGCUCCAAAGACAGAGGCUGAAAAAGAACGAAUUCUAUUAAUCAAUAUUAAAGAGUUAAUUGCUCGUGUUCGACAUAAUCCGAUCAAUCCCCAAGAUUUUAUUACUGAGUUUGAGAGUUUUUUUCAAGCUCAACUGGAACAUGAAAGUAUGGCAGCGUAUAUUAGAGAACUUGAUGAACGUAAACGUCAAGGCCUACUACUCGGUUUACGUCCAGAAGAGCUGGAACGUGCUGAAGCUGAAUGGAGUCGAGUAAAACCUGAGCUAGAUGAAUGGAGAUGGCGUUUAGAUAGUGUUUUGCCAGGGGAAUGGCGUCAAGUUGGGCAUUGGUUAUCAAAAUUAGAAAAAUGUCUUAUUAACGAUGCACUUAUCUCAUCACAACUUGGUCUUGAAUUGGCUCCUGAGGCAAAGAAUUUAACAAUGAAGGAACGUGAAGAACGUCUACAGAAUUGUUUAGAUGAACAUGAGGAAAUUUACAAAAAUAUUGAUGAUCUUGACAACAUGAUCAAUCGAUUAAGCGAAGAAAAUAAAAAAAUACUUUCAUUAGCUGAAAAUGCAUCAGAAGAAGUCCUACAGACAUUGCCUGUUCAUCUACCCCAGAAUAUUGUCAAUUCUUUAAGAUCACGUUUUAUUACAGCUUAUUUGGAUGGUCAACUGGCUAAACGACGUUUGCAACGCUUAGCUUUACGUUGGUAUUUAGCCAACAAAGUAACUAUGAUCCGUGAUCGUGUCUCUGAUUGGCAAACGUUCAAGUGUAAAGUGAAACCUGAAGUGGACACAUUCAUUUCCGAGAUUAAAGAAUAUCUAACUUCACUGAAUUUACCUGAAGAUAUGAAUACUAGUUUAGAGAAGUUAAAGCAAUUAGCCGGUGAACGUGAUGAUAUCGCUUGUCGAACAGAUGAACAACGUGAACAAAUGGAGUUGAAAGCAGAUUUAUCCAAUUCGCUGAGUCAACAGCAGGCUUCAGUUACUGCUGGUGGUGGAGCCUUCAUUCUAAUGGAUUAUGCUGAAACGGAACGCAGGGAGGCAAAUUUAUUUCUAUCCUCAUUACAAACACGUUGGAAAGAUACAUGGUCAGAUUUAUUGGAUUUACAAUCACAUUUAGGAGAAUUUUGUAUGAAAUGGGAUCAAUAUGAAACAGAAAAAGCAAAUUUAGGUAAUUGGCUAUGUGAUGUGAAAAAACGACUGGCUGAUGAAACAACCAAUUCUGAAGAACGUGAAAAAUUGUAUACCGAGUUAAAAGAAUGGCGUACACGUGUUUCAGCAUUGAAUGAUCUUGGUCAUGAAUUAAUGCAUACAUGUGAUAUGACAGCUAUAUCUACAUUGGAUAGUGAAUUAGAAAAUAUGAAUAAAACAUGGACUGAAGUCACUUCUGAAGUUAUCAAAUUUGUUGAUUUAGAUCAUGCCGAAGAAUUAAAGAAUCGUCAAUCACAAGCAAUGCUUCGAAUGAAUCAAACUAUUCGAGCUGCUGAACGCCUAUUGAUAUCUGAUUUUGUCCUACCUGAGACAACUGAUCUUGAUCAAGCUCAUGCAGCUACAGCUGAAUAUCGUAGACAACUAGAAGAGGCUCGUAAGCAAUUGCUAGAAAAAGCUAGAACUGAUUAUUUGGAAGCUUUAAAAGCUGCUGAAGAAUUAAUAGCAGCUGCUAGUGCUGGUCAAGCGGAUAUGGCUCAAGCUGAAGCUGUAAUGGCGGCUGUUCGUGCUGCUGGUGAACGCCUAGACAAGUUGGCCAAUGUCGAUGUACAAGCAAGACUGGACGAAGUUGAAGCAGCCACAAAGAAAGCAGUUGAAUUAGCUAUCCAACUAGCACCAAUCAAUGAUUGGUCACAAGAUGUUGAAGUUUCCUCUGAUAUGACAAAUGCAGGAGCUCCUGAAACAAAUUUAGAUCUUAGUAAUUUAACUACACAAGAAGCUAUGUCUAAAUUAAAAAGUCAUUUUAUGGCAUUAGAAGAACAUGAGAAAUCACUGAUUGAAGCUGAGAAACGUUUGAGUGAUUUGAAAGAGUCGGGUUUAAAACAUGUUGAUAUUAGCCAGUUAGAAUUGGCAACAGCUGAAGCUCGUCGUAAAGUAGAAGCUAUGCGUGCUGUAGCCAAAUGUUUUGAAAGUGAAUUGGAUAAACGAAAAUCAGCUCAAGAGUCCUUCUCAUAUGCCCUGACAAAUCUAUCCGAUUGGUUAAAUGAAGCUGAACGUCUACUCAUAUUGGAUACUAAUUUAGAAUUAGAGAAAGAACUGGCGAAUACAGAAAUUAUCCAGGAUAAGCUAAGUGAACAUGAAGCUUUCCUGAGUCGAACACAAACAACUGGUCAAACAUGUCUCAUUGAAUUAAAUCGAACUUAUGAUAAAAUGGUGGAGUUGUUUACUGGUAAUACAGAAGACUUGAUGGAGAAUUCAGCAACAUCAACCAUUCAUCCAGAUGAUGUUAGUAUGAAUGUGAUAUUAGAAGCAUCGAAUCAAGUAACUAGAUAUCGUGAUCGAUUCGAUGAACUUAUGUCUAAAGCUACCCGACGUCAAUAUGAACUGAAAUAUGCCUUAUUAGAAGCUCGUUUACGUGAACAUUUGGAGAAUACAAGUAGACUGCUGAAUGAUGAAGAAUCACGUAUGUCAUCCGGUGAAAGUUUGGCUAGUAUCCUGGCGGAUCAUGAGAUGGCGUUUAAUAAUUCCCAGUUUAAUACUGUCUGUGAAGAUUUGUUACGUGAAAUGCGUGAAUUGGACGAACAAAUGUCUUACCUAUUUCAUACGGAUUCAAAUGCCUAUGGUAAACGAACAACACAACUGCAACAAGAGUAUAAUCUGUUAUCUGAACGUGCCGGUAAAAUGGCUAUUAGAUUACGUAAUCUACCUGAACAAUGGGCUGAUUUUGAUGAUAAACUACAUCAUCUAUUAGAUUGGACUAAUGAAGUUGAAAAAUUGUUCAGCCAUUUACAAAGUGAUCCAUCUGACAAAAAGAAUUCUGAUGAAAAGACAGCUGUUGAAUUAGCUACACGAUAUCGUGCUAUGCUAUCACGAUUUGAAGAAAUGACUGGUAUGGUGAGUGAACAGAAUGCGUUGGCGGAUAAGCUGAAUUUAAUGCUAACUGAAUUAUCUAUGGAUGGAGGUGUUUCGCAUGUAGAGUUAGCAGCGAAACGAGCUGCACUGGCAGCCGCGUUAGGAGCAUUGAGAGAGUUGAGCGGUGAAAUGGAUGCCCUACUGGUUCGUGCUCCAUUGAUUGCCGAAACACUGGAAUUUCGCGCUAAUGCAGUUACAGAGCGUAAGAAGGCAAUGGUUGUACGUGAAGCUUUUGAACAAGCUGUACAAGAAGAUGCUGAAAUGUUACCGAAUGAUUUAGACGCAUUGAAACGUUUACUUGCUGAACGUGAAGCAAUGGUCGCCCGAAUAGCUGAAGAAAGAGAUGCUAGCCUGUUGGCAAUGAUUCAACGUGGAAUGAGUGUUAAAGCUGGUGAAAUGUUAGAUUGGAUAGAACCAUCACAGAGUGAACUGAAAGCCACAUGGGCUGAAGUAGAUAAAGUCGCUGAGACUGGAUUGAAAAGUUUACGUCAAGCAGCUGAAGCAUUCGAGGCCUUUGAAGAGCAUAAACAACGUUUAACUAGCCUGUUGACAGGUACAAAACAUUUGAUUGAUGGACAUGCAAGUGCCGUGACAGCAGCUGCUUUUGCGAUGGCGUUAACAACUAGUAAACUGGAUGGUACUGUCGAUAUUGACAAUGUCGCCAGUACACUGCAUAUUGAUGAUGAAACAAAACAAUGGGCUAAUCAAUCGUUAGCCUGUGGGAUUGCUGGUGUUGUUGCUGCAAGUGUUGAAGAAGCCACUAAAGCCGGACAGGAAGCUGUCCGCGUUCAAGCUGAUGCUGUUGCAGCUCAGCUAGACGCUUUAAAUAAAGCUGAGGCAGACUUGAAAGCGUUAAGAGCUGCAGCUGAAACUAUGAAAAUGCGAUCAACGCCCGAAAGAGCUUCAGAACUUGAUAUAACCAUUGAACGUCUUGAAGCUCAACUGUCCACAGCGAAACAAGAUCUGUGCACAAAAUUAGCUAGUCUACGUGCUGCCAAUGCUAGGUGGGAAGUAUUCUAUACAAGUACACGUGAAAUUGACAAACUACUUGAUAAUGCGGAGUUAAAUUUAUCUAAUGUCACAGGUGUACAACCAUUAGCUAAAGGGAAUCUUCAAGCGAAUGAAUUAGGCUCAGCAGAAUCAGCAGCUAAAGCUGCUGCCGCUGAGCUAUCCUUAUGGCAAGCAUCUGUCAAUAAUCAUUUAACAGAAUUACAAACAUCUGCUCAACGAUUAACCAGCAUUAAUUCCAUAUUCCAGGAACUUACUCACUUUUCACCUUUACAAUCAUCAAAUGAACAGGGGGAAGCCGCUUCCGAUUCUUCAAUUAGUCCAGAAAUAUUUAAAGCUCAAAAUAAAAUAAUUAGUUUAUUCAGACGACAAAAAGCCUUACAAACAGCUUUUAAUACACAUUCGGAAUCAUUGACAACACUGAAAGAUUAUUUAGCUCAAUAUUUAAAUCUUGUCCCCGGUAUUGAUGAACAUAUCACAGAGAUUGAGAGUAUUGCCGAGUCAAUGUCACGUGCACCACCGAUUGAAUCAAUCACGGAUUUACAAGCAAUUCGUGAUGCACAUACUGCACGUCGAACUGCGCAUAAUUCAAAGUUCACUGAAGAUCGGAAUCAACUGCUUUGGUUAGCAGCUAGUCUAACCGGUUGGACACACUUAAAGGAGGCGAAUGAAGGCUUGCAAACACGUUGGGAAAGUGUCAACUAUUGGUUAAUUGAAGAAUCUCAAUAUCUUGAAGAUUUAUACAAUUUAUGGACAAUAUGGAAUAAAGAAUCAGAACAAUUCACUAAUCAAUUAACUGGAUUAGAAAAAGAAAUUGAUCAAGAAUUGAUUAAUAUUCUAAAUGAGAAAGUUAGUCAAAAAGUUAAAGAGUCAUUAUCAUCUACAACAGACCCAACAGCGAUUAGCAGCAGCAGUCCCCCACCAACAACAACAACUCAGUCAACUACUAAUUUAGAUCUCGAUUCCAAGGUGAAUAAAGUGAAUGUCUUUCAAGAUCGUUUACUCGACUCAGAGUCUUAUUGGAAAGCAUACAGUUUUAAAACAGAAAAGUUAUUAAAACAACUUGUAGGCCAGAAUCAAAUUCAUUGUCGAUCAUUAUCACAUGCGAUGAUGGAGGAGACAAAGUCUUCAGAGCAAUUAUCUACUGCCAGUCCCGGUGGUGGUGGUAAUAGUAGUGAUAACAACACUAACAAUAACAGCAGCAGCGGUUCACAAUUCACAAAUAUUAUCAUCAGUCCACAUUCUGUUGCAGCCAAGUAUAGAGAAAUUGAAGAACGCUUGAAACGGGCUAAAUUACAAUGUGAAAAGUUAAAUAAUGAAUUAGAAAAUCAACUGGAUGCUCGUGAUCGUCUAUUCCGUGAUACGGAUAGACUUGCCCAAUGGGUGAUGUCAGCUGAAAAGCGUUUAGCCAAGUUGACACGUGUAUGGGUAGCUGCAAGACCACCGAUCAUAAGGAAUAAAUCCUAUGGUGCGCUGAAUAAACCAUCGUCUAUUAUGAAGCAAAAAAACGAUCAAGUGGAAUCGGAUAAACAACACUUACUCGGUUUAGAUUUACCAGAAGCCUAUGAACAAUUAAAAGCAUUAUUAACAGAAGCACGUGGUCCCCGAAUGUUGGCUUUAAAAGAAUUAGCCUGUCAAAUAGAAGGUGAAGAAGUCGACUUGGCUGAAUUGUCGAGUAAAGCAAGUAGCAGCCGGCCAGGUAGUAAUCGACCAGAUAGUAGCAGUAGUAGCGCUGGUGGACCUGGCGCUGGCACUGGUAGACCAACUAGCGGUCGAUCACGUAGUCGACGUUCUGUAUCCUUUGAUCUGUUGGGUAAAGAAGGCAGUUUUGAUUCAACUACAGAUGAAUUAAAUCGUCAACUGCAUGAUCGUUUAAUGCGUUUAUUAAGUAAACUGAAUCGACUUAUCAGUCGUCUUGACCAACGUACUGUCCUAUGUCGUUUAACUAUGGAAUAUGAAUUUUCUCGUCAAGGUUGGAUACAAGAGAUUAAUGCAUUGAAUUCACGUUUGAAAUCAUUUACUAAUACAUCAGUAGUUGUUGAAUUAAAUGUUGACAAAAAGAAUAAAAGACAGACACCGACGACAAGUAAACCUUCGUCAGCAAAGGAACCAGUCAUCAAAGAUGAAGAAGGAAAUGACCGAGUGAAUGAAGAAGUUAAAGAAGAUAUUGUCUCUAGAGAAAAAAAUGAGAAUGAAGAGAAGUCAACUGAGUCAGCACCAGUUAUGGAUAUCUUGAAGGUAGCUGCAGACGAUGCUGAACAUAUUCUAUACCGUGAACAGACAACACCAUCUGGUAUAGCUUACCAGUCAGAAUAUAAUAAUUUAAAGUUAGAAGUUGGUAAAUUAAAAGAAUCAAUCAAUAAAUGGCAGGUGACACUGGAUUUCUCUCGAUCUGAUAACGACAACAAUAAUGGGACUAUUGAAAAUGGAUUUGACGAAACCUUGACUAGCUCUAAUUUAUGCGGACCAAAAGAGGUUGAUGUAGCCGCUGUUUCAACUGGUCUAAUGUUUGUUACACAUGUUGACUCGAAUUGGUCAUUCGGUGCAGUGUCUACUGGUGCUACUGUACUUGGUGGUGGUGGUAAUACCUCUACUCCAUCAGAUCAAUCGGCGACAACAACAAUAUUACAAGUAGAACCAUUCAGUUUUUUUGUGGAUAUUGCUAGACUUUCAUCAGAAUGUGAUAAACUGCAUGCAAAAUUGAAAGCGAAUCUCUUUCAAGUGAUUAGUGUUUGUGAGAAUUGGCAACAAUUAGUUGAAGGUAGAGAUCGACUUGUUGAACAAGUGAAAGAUUUACAAGCACGUUCAACAGAUGCAUGUUAUACAGUUAGUUCUAUGGGUGAUCCAUUGAAAACAGAUAAAGCUGUUGGUAUACGACUUACACGUCUGGGUAAUCAAUUAUUAGAUUGGCAGACAGAAUUGAAUUCCGCUGGUAAUGAUACGGUGGAAGAGGUGAGCAAGAAUGAACAGCAAGCUGCUGAGAAGGAGACACUGAUGGAUAAAACAAAUCUACCAAGUGAAGCUGUUGUUAUUAUUCAGCGGUUAGGUGAUCUUCGACGGGCUGGUGAUCGUAUUGUCAGUUCAACACCAGCCCGUGGACCGAAUGUUGACAGUCUAUACAAUACUACAAUUCAAUGCAUACGUUUAUGCGCUAUUCAUUUAGGUGAACUUGGCCGGCAUAGUAUUCUCCUAUCUGAUGUUUUAUCAAAACGUGAAGAAUGCUUGAAUCAACUGACAGAAUUUAUUAAUGAUAUCGAGAAACAAAGUGGUCUGAUACCAGUGAGUGAUUAUUCAAGCUUCUUCGGUGAGGAAUUACCUCAACAGGAGACUACUAAAGGACAAGUAGUCAAUCAGCAACAGGAGGAUGAAACCAGGAUGGUGAAACAACCCAUUCCCGAAGAAAUUAUAUCACAAUUAACAAGUUAUGAAUGUAUGGAUAUUUGUAGAUUGUUAAGUGUUGACAAUACAAAAGAAGUGGAUCAGAGACUGUUGCCGAUACGCGCUGCUUUAGACUCCCUUUUAAGCAAACAAGACUCUAUGUUUCUUCAGUUGCAUCAAUUAUGCUCCUUAGCCUCACAAACAUAUCAUAGCUUUCAUAAAGAAGUGUGUAAACAUCAGAAACCAACGUCAGAUGUUGAGGACAAUCAAACAGAAGAACAAUCUAGUAGUAAUAGAUCAUUAGAUCCAUUUCGUGAUGCAAUCAUAAAUCGUUGGCGUAGAUUACAAUUUCUAAUGGAGACAGCAAUUCAACAAUUAUCUAUUCGACGUGGUGCUUUCAAAUACAUUGAAGAUGGUUUCAGUGAAUUAGAAGCAUGGUUAGGCGGGACUGAAUUAACUCUGGAGACGUGCAGCUCACAGUUGGCUGCUAGUUCUGCAGCUUUUGCUAUCCUUCUCCCCUUGAAUAAUAUGAUGCGUUCACAACUGCCAUCUGAUGAAGAGUUGGAGUAUUCAGAAAAUCCUCAAGUAUUACUUGAUACAUAUACCACUGAAGCUGUAUACUAUUCAAGUUUAUUAAAUAGUAUUUCUGAGCGUAUCGGUGCUGAUUUAGCUGAUCGAAUUUCUGUGAAAAAGACAUUCGAUGCGCUAGAAUGGCGAUUGCAUAGAUUACAAAAAUCAGCUGAUCAUUUAUCGCAUCAAUGGAAUGAAGAAGGUGAAAGAUGCAAACAACUACAAGUGGAUAUGCGUAAAUUUGAUUCCCUUCUUGAAUCGAUUGGCAAAGAGUUAACGUCUGUCUUUGAUUCAUCUGCUUCUUCUGACGAUCGCUUAUCACAACAAUCAGCUACUACUACUGUUACUACUGAUUUAAGUAGUAUAAAGUUGAUCACAACACAAGCAAAUAAUUAUCUGUUACAAUUAUGUAAAGCCCAGUGUAUUCGGCAUCGAUUAACACAUCUACGGGAGCAUUCACUUUGGUUACAUGAUAGAGCACAUUUAUUAGCUAUAGGACCAAGUCGUUAUCAUCAUCGUUCAUUGUAUUCCCUAAAACAGCAACAGCGACAAGAAUCAUUCAAUGUGUCCAAUAAUGAUGAAUGUGACAAAGUUGUAUCGACAACUACAGCUGGUGUACUUAUGGAGAGUGAAUCUGUUUCGUUAAAUCAUCAUUUGUCGGGUUUAAUAUCAAGGUCAACAAAAUGUGUGCAUAUUUUACACCUGAAAGUUAAUCAUUUAUUUUUUGAUAUUGCACAAAAUUUUCAUUUAUGGUUUAAUGAUUUACAGUCGAGAAGUGUUGAAUGUCAAUCAACUAUUCGAUUAUUAGUAUCAUCGUCAUCAUUAUUAUCGGAAAAUCGAUUGAUGUCUAAAGGGAUUAUGAUGAGUACAGCUCAAGAAAAUUUAUCGUCAAAUGAUAAUGAAGGUCAUCAGUCCUCAUCUGUUCAAAUUUUAUUCAUGGAAAGUAUAUCAUCUAAUUUGGAGGUAUUAUAUACAACGAUACAAAAUUUAGUAGAGAAAACUCAAGAAUGUGAUUCUAAACUGGAUUAUUUAAAAGAAUUAGCUAAAAUUAUGCUACGUUCACAAUUCAUCGAUAUUGAUCCCACCGUCAACAAUCAACCAGAAGGCGAUCAUCAUUCUACAAAAGACUCAAAUCAACUACAACCAUCCCCAUCAACAGAUCUUGAAGCCAUUCAUCAAACAACACCAACAACUGAAUCUCUUUUAAAAUCUAUUGAAGAUCAAGUGGAUGAACAACUACUCACUGUAAUUACCUCAAAUACAGACGUUGCUAGUAAUGAUGAUCCCUUGGUCUUGUUAACAAAUCUCAACUCAGAUACCUUAUCAUUUAAUCAAUCGAAUUCAGCAAAUCAAUUGAUUCGUUUAUGGGAAGGUCAAUUAAUUCAAUUGUGUAGUCAAUUGAAACAAUUUGAAUCAAGAGUUAAUACAGCACGCCAGAUAAUUGUAAAAUCUCGACAGUAUGAAAGUACAUUAACAAAAACACUUAAAAAUUAUGAAAGUCAAUCGAAACGAUUACUUUUUUGGUCAAAGACAAUCACUAUUGAUUUGUGUAAAAGUCGUCUUAAUGAAUUACAGCAAUUACUUACUAAUUCAGAGGGAACAAAAAGUGAAUUAAAACAAGCUCAUGAAACAUUUCAUCAAUUAGUCAAACUAUGUGAUACAUCAUCAAGUCUUGAAUCAGCCUUUCAACUCUCUGAUGAUACUCCUACUGCCAUUGAAGAGUCCACUGAAACUGCUGAUGCCGUCAAUACUACUAAGUCGAGUAAAUCUGUUGUUGUUUAUAAAUCUGCUAUCCUAUUGGAUAUUGAAUUAAGAUUAGCCGAUUUAAUUGUAUGUCUGAGAAAAGCAAUUCAUCAUACUAAUGAGCUGAUAUCUGCUCUUGAAAGUCAACAACGGUUAUACAAGGAAGCGGAUGAUUGGUUGUCAGAAGCUGUAAGUCAACUGGAGAAUAUUAUACUGGAGAAACAGAAAACGUCGGCAAGUCAUGAUAAGGCUACAAAAUAUCUUGAUUUAUUUCAGAAACUCAAUGAAAAUUCGUCUGCUGGACAGUCUAAAGUCCAGUCAGCUCAAAGUGCUAUUGAACAGGCCUGCUGUUUACUGUUGACAUCAGAAUCUUUCCUUCGCAAAACUGCCGCUGACAUCACUUUAUCUUCUUCUAUUGACGAUGAUGAUAAUGCAAAAUUAUUGAUGACAGAUGAAAAAUCCGAUCAUCAAACAGCAUCACUAAUUAUUGACGAUCAAUCAUCCUUUGCAACCACUUGUCAUUCAUAUAGAUCAAAAUUUAUCACUGAAUUACACAAUCAUCUGUGUAAUUGCUCUCAAUCACUUCGUAAUCGUCUUGAUGCCUAUAUGGAUGAGAUUGGAAUACAACUGAGUGAAACAGAAUUAGAUUUAGGUCAAUGGACAUCGUAUACUGAUUCGAAAUCACGUCUUGAACAAUGGUUAAGUAAUGUUGAGGUAGCCUGGAAAGUGGAUCACUUAACCGAAGAAGAAGAAGCAUCAGAUGAAAUUGUUGAAGAUGAUUCAACAAAGAGAAUGUAUUACAUCACGCUGUACAAGCAACGUCUACAAGAUAUCCAUUCGCAUGAGAAUCUUUUAAACACUGUUAUUGAUCGUGGCAAUCAAUUUACGCAUAAAAAUACAGAUAACAAUGAAGAAUUAUUUCUUCCAACUGAAGAAAUUCUCGCGUUUCGAAAACGUUUUGAAACCCUUAAAGAAUUUACCAAUUCACAUCUCAAUCUGCAUGAAAAUCGUUUAAAAAGAUACCGUAAAUUUUUAGAACAAUAUGAAAAAUUUGAUGAAUGGCUAUCAAAUGCUGAGAAUAAAAUCAUCUACAUUACAGAAGAUUUAGCUGAAAAUAUCGAUUAUUUAUUACCUGAUAUGCUGGAUAAAAUGGAUAUUGAUUUUUUAGUUGAGAAUGGUAAUUCUGCUAAAAGAAGUGUUAAGCUAUCCUCAUAUAUUGAUGAAAUUAAUAAAUUAUGGUUAUCUAUCCUAACAAAUUCAGAGGAUCAAUUGCACACGAUUGACACUUUGUUUCAAUCGAUACGUGAAGAGAUUCAAAACCCUGUUGACCUUGAAGCAAAAAUCAAUACACGUAAAGAUCAUUUAUAUGUUACACUAAGACACAGAAUCGAUGAUCUCAUUGAAAAGCUGAAAGAAUAUCAACGCGUUGGCGAAGAAUUUUUCAAUAACUUAUCAGACGUACAAAAAUAUUUAACUGAUCAAGAGAAGAGAUUGUUAAAAUUCUGUCCGACUACUGUUGUUGGACAAGUUGGCGAUGAAUCGUCAAAAUUGUCAACUCUAUCGACCAGGAUGACACCUUUACCUGAUAGUCAAGAGGAGAAAAUACGACAUAUUGAAACAUUGAAUCAAAUAUCUACGGAUUUAAAUAGCCUAGAGUGUACAAGGUUAAUUGAAACAUUGAAUGAUUCACGUGAUCGUUUAAUAUCUUUGUUGAAUAUCAUUCGACAGUUGAUAAGUUCAUCAUCAUCGUCACCUCAUCCACGAAGUAUUGUAAUAAGUAGUGAUCGAUUAGACAAGUAUUUAAAUUAUAUUAAUCAAUAUUUAACACGUUUAAAAAAUCAAUGUGGAGAUUUAUUAAAACAUUGGCAAUUAGCUGUUGAUAACCAUAAGAAAUUUGUAGAAGCCUACAAAUCAUGUCAAGCAGAGCUUACAACAAUUCGAACAACUUUCACCCAAGGUUACUCAGAUGUGGAUAAUGAGAGUAUGACAGAUGUUGAUAAUUGUUGGAGUAGAGGUGACCAACUGUAUACACGUCAGUUAGUAUGGUUAACAGAUUUAACAAAUAGACUGGAUCGUUUCAGUGUUAUAUCAUAUCAGUCAUGCAUAGAAUUGCUACAGGUAACUUCUCAGUCAACUAGCAUGAAAGGAUAUGAUUCAUUGAAUGAACAAUUGAUCCAGUUGAAACAAUCAGCAAAUCAAUUAUCCAAUGAAAUCAAUACAUAUUAUCAUCGAAUUGAAUCGGCUAUGAAUGCACACUUAAGAAUUGUUGAAGAGAAACGUGAACUUGAAAGUUGGUUAACUGAAGAAAAACAGAAGAUGGAUGAAUUAUUGAGUAAGCCACUGACCAUGACAUUGUCAACCUUAUCAGCAUCAUCAUCAUCAUCAACGUCCUUCAUAAAUUCAUUGAAUGUUCACUUAUCUUCAUGGUCUCAUAUAAUAAGUGAGAGACAAUCAAUUCUACAAAGCUUAAAAAGAAUGCUUCAGAAUUUAUCUUCACGCAGUCAACACUUACGAUCCUUCGAAGAACGUCAAUCACUGGCUGUUUUAAACUUUAAAACUUAUCUUAUUGAUCGUGUAAAAACCAGUGGCGAUGUUGAUGAUGAUGGCGAUGGUGGCGGUAGUUCUGAUACAUCAUCAUCAGCAAUAAUAGUUCUUAAAAACAGUACUAAUUUAUUGAAUGAAGCUUGUACCAGUCUGAUAAAUCGUAAUAAAGAGAUCAACGCUCAAUUGCAGAAGAUCAUUGAACUAGACACAAAAUUUUAUGAUUUCACUAUUUCCCUAUCAUCAGAGAUCAAUAAUCUAUUUGAUAAUCUUAAUGUUUAUGAAAAGAGUUUAUACGAAAUGAAACCUGUACUGUUGUUUGUCAACGAUGCUGGUAGACUAAUCGAUUCACAAGAAUUAUGGACACGUGAAUUAGUACAAAAUAAGAUAAAUGAAUUAAAUCAACAGCUGAAAGGUGUUUGCCUAAUGAAGAAUAUUCAUGAAAAAUUAAAAGAUUUAGAAGAAAUAUCAUCAUCAUCACCACUGAACUGUAUAGAACCUGAAAAGAAUAUAGCUAGUGAAGUUGUCAAUUUACUGAAGAAUCAAAUUAACCAAUCAGAAGAGAGAAUCGAUCAACUCAUUGCGCUAUACCAUUUGAUAUUGAGUCAAAUGCAAGAUAUGCUGAAAGCGAUUCAAUGUCAAGAAGAAUGGCAUAAACAGGUGGUAAACAAAAUAGAGUUAUACAGUUCACAAUUGCCGAUUGAUUUGGAGGCUAAGAAGGCGUUAAUAAAACAGUAUCAGACCAUUCUAUCCGAAGUUACUGAUCACAGAACAGAAAUCAAUGAAAUGCUGAGGAACUGUACUAAUAACACAAUAGCUUCAUCAGUUACACCUCUGAAAUCUGUUGAAUUAACUGAGGCAACUGAAGGUACAACAUCUCAUCCUCCUGUGAUUAAAAUAUAUCCCGCUGAUGUAAAUUUAGUGAAACGUUUGAAAACAUUUGAUAAUGAACUGAAUAAAACAUUAGAAAAAGUAAAUCUACAGAUAAGUAGAUGGAAAUGUGCUGUUAUUCGUCAUGAGAAUUUUAUAUUAUCAAUAAAAACUGUUGAAACAAUAUUGACUCAAUCUGUGCAAAAUAUAUACUAUUGUGCUCAACGCAUUUUAUGCCAAGAAAAUGAAGCAAAUGACGUUGAUCUACUUAAAUUCCCUAUAAGUAGUAUACUCAUCAAGUGCAUAAAUAUUUUAAGAACAUAUAUCGAUCCUAGUCUGAUGGAAGUUAAUCGAUUAUUAGAUGAUAUUAAUCUGACCUAUGACAGUAUUUUUGUAGACACUUGCACAGAAAGUAUGAAUAACUUCAAAAUACAAGUGAAAGGUAGUCAGAGGCAACUGACAAGUUUGGAGCAUCAACUGCACACAUUACAAACAUUUCUAGCAAAUUUAAAUGACAGACUUGAAUUAUUUCAUACACUUGAGAAAACUACGAAUGAACGGCUUUCGAAUAUUAUUGAUCGUAUUCAUUCUGAGGGUGUAAAUUUAUGUUCUACUUCUGUACAAGAGAUUAAAAGAUACACUAACAGCUGGCAUGGGAUCAGGGAGAGAGCUAAACAGAUGCAUCAAUCUUAUGAAGAGGAAAUGACACCUUUAAUUGAAGAAUUUCUACAGUUGAAAACGGAACAUUCACAGUUCUUAGAGGUGUACAGAAAGAACUUAACACUUUCAUGUGUUGACAAUGAAGAUGAAUAUUUACAAGAACAACUGUCUACAAUUGAAUUCAUCACAGUCCAAUCAACAUUCAAUCAACGAAGCGAAAAGUUGUCGGAAAUCGUUAGUUUUAUUGAUACAAUUAUAAGUAUAAUCGAAACAAUCAGUACUGCAUGGUGUAAAGCUGAACAAAAGUUUACUCAAUGCCGUGCAUGGCUAAAUGGACUAGCAAAGAAAUUUGCACAAAUAGCCCAAAGUCAAAGCGUCAUCAGUGUAGAUGAUAAUCAUGAGACGAGAUCAGAGGUGAUGAUGAAUGUUGAUGUAUCACCUUCAUCGGUAUCGCUGACUUCUAACUGCAUUGUAGGUCAAUUGGAUCAUUAUACAGCUCAGACACGUCUUUCACUCUUAUUGGAGUUUCAAGCAGAACUGAAUCAAAGUCACCCGCUUCAUUUUGAUGAAUAUCGUGAUGCUUUGAAGACUAUUCAAUCAUUAGACACAAAAAUCAAUAGCCUAUAUGAUAUACUGAAAAAUCAAUUUGAUGCUGACGUGAUGGAUACUUUGAAAUUGAAUCAAACUACAUUGAUGCGUAAAUUAGAAGAAGAUCUUGAAAAGUAUCUGGGCGAAUGGAAGACAUUGAAUGAUCAAGUGGACAGUACUCACAAAGCUACACAUCAGUAUUUAGAGCAGGUACAAGAAAUUGAAGGCAAACAAUCAGGGAUACGUAAAUUGCUUACAGAGCUUGAACAGAAAGCAUUAAUGGGACCUGAUUCUUCUAUAAUGAUGGAAUUGAUUGAUUUAGAGAAAGACAGUGCCACAAUGACUUACUCAUCAUUUCAACAGUCUACUAAUGAUGCAGAGCAUAUUCAAGAGGAUGCAAUUGUUGCUGAAACCUUUGAGAAGCUUAUAACAGCUCAAAAGAAUAUUAUCAAUUGGUGGGAGAUGUUUACUAAACAACUGGAAGAAGAAAUCCCCAAGGUGAAAGAAGAUAUCAAAGCAAUCAAUACAAUGGCUUUCCCAUCUCCAACUGGACUUUUAAACCAAUUAUUACGUGUAGAGGAGAUUUCGGUUAAAGCUCAUGAAUUUCUCCACCUAAAUCAAGAAGGUUUAACCUCUUUAAAUGACAUUAUCAAGUCUUGGCAUACAUGGCAAUAUUGGUGGACUGUUGAAAGUAAAGCCAGUGAUAUUUUAACACAAGGUGGUGGUUGUGGUGGACCGUGCAGUCUGGUCAACAGUACAACUGCAUUCAACAACAACGGAAAUCUUGACACAACUGAGCUGAUUACUGUACAAGAACAAUUAAAACGCUUGACUGAAUUAAAUGAAUCCCAAGGAAAGAUGAAGUUAAUUGAUUUAACAGAUAAAUUAAAUCUUCUUCAAGUAUUCAGUGAAAAAUUAAAAAAUCCAAUCAUUCAUUGUAUUAUUUCACAAAGCCAUCAGCACCAUCAACAGCAACAAAAACAUCCUUUACCAAAUCAAUUAAAUCAAUAUCAUCAAACAACACCAAUACAAAUGACUAUUGUAUUCAUUCAACGGUUAAUACGUCUAGCCAAUCAUCAAUAUUCAUUGAUUUUUGAUGAUUUACCCUUAGCUAUUGAUCGGUUAACUGGUAAAAUUACAGUAAUCAAUAAUUUUUUAAAUGAAUACAAUCAAUUCACUCAAAUUCUUAAUGAUAAUGAAAAAGCGAUUGAAAAGUUGGAAAUAUUUUUUAAACUGCGGGAUAAUGGUAACAAUAGCAGCAAUCAAGUUAUAAAUGAGAGAAAAGAGAAUUCUUAUCAGAUGUUACAAUUAUUAAAUAUUGAUUUUAACAAAAUGACAAAGGAGUAUUUUGAAGUCAAUUUUGAAAAUUUACUAUCUAUUUGUAAUGGUAAUCAAUCAGUUCGAUGGAAUGAAUCAAUUUGUAUUGAUUUUUUAAAUCAAUUAACAAUAUCAGUUAAAUUAUUGUCUAGAACGACUCAGUCACAUAGUGAAAAACUCUAUUCCUUAGAAAAAUCUUCAUGUAUGCUAAAAGUUUUAAUCAGUCAGACUUCCCAACAAUCGUCUACCAACGGGGGACAAGAACAAUUCAAAUUGAUUGAAUUAGAAACUGCCAAUUCUCGUUAUUCCCAAUUGGUUAAACGAACUCAAUUGAUUGUAAAACGAGCUGACGCUUAUAGAGAGAUAAUCAAUAAACUUAUACAAACGUAUAAUUCUCUUGAAGAGUGGAUUAAACAACUAGAACGGAAUAUUACCAAUUAUGCUAAUCUUUCUGGCGACAGGCAUACACUACAAACAAGACUUGAAUUAGUCAAAGAUUUGAGCCUAUUGACCAAUGAGGCGUGUAAUCGAUUCACUGAUGUAAACAAAUACACCAUGGAGUGUUUCGUCAAUUGUCUUCCUCCACAAUAUCAAGAUUUCAUAUUGGCUGUAGUAGAUAAUAUCGGUGACGUGGAAAAAACUGCUAGUCAAAUAUUUGAAAAUUUUUUAAACCUUCCAAUGAAUUGUAUUCACCUAUUAAAGGUAUGGUUCGACUGUUGUGAACGAAUUGAAUUCAUACUGAAGUCAUUAUCACAAGCUAUAGAAACAUGGCAAGUGUUUGAAGUUGCUUGUGAUACUUCACAGUUGACAUGUCGACGUAUUGAAAAUUGGUUAAAAGAACAGACGAUGUCGUUGGUGAAUAAACCAGAGGAAAUCGACCAGAAGUUGGCAUUAUUACAGUUUGUCUGCAGUAGACUGGAGGUGAAGCUCAAUGUAGACGCUUGUGAAGACGCUGAAGUGUUGUCUGACAACAGUAGUGGUGCUGCUGCGGCGACAUGCCAGCCAAACUGUGAAGCGGAACGACAACACAAACAAGUUCUUGAGUUUCUCAACGAAUUAACAUUACACGUGGGACUGUUAAACUCGACCUUAAAGCGUCUUCCAAAUCGUCGACAUCAAUUAUACUCUAGAGAUAUGACAAUUGUCGACGAUGCUGUUGUUGAGAAUGUAAACGACGAUGGUGACCCGGAGGCGAUGGUAAAACCAACGUCAACAACGGCAUCAGAGGUGGUGCUGUCCGAUUCUUAUGAUUCAGCAAUGAAUCGUAUUAAAGGCAUUACAGUUCUAUUGAGUUAUCUACAGAAAGUGACAAGAGAGGUUAUCGAACUUUGGAAAGUUCGUGUAAAACUGUUCACCGAGUGGAAUUGUAAAAUACAGAAUACAGAGAAAUCUCUUGCCAGACUGUUCGUACGUACUAGAAAGGUGAAAGAGAAAUUUACUUCUGUCGGCGCCGACGAAGAAGAAGCACUGGGAGUAACGAUACUUUUAACUAAUACUGACAUUGAUGACAACAACGAUAUCGAUGGUGUUAAAACAAUUGAUGAUUAUAUAACACUGAUUGAUGAUAUUAUGAAAGCACGUGAACUGAUUGGCGCUGAAUUCACUGAAUUACGUAACCGUCUGUGUAAUAUGACCACUUUUAUCGAUCGUGUUGGGCAUAAUAGCCAACAGCAUAGAAUGGGUGAAGUACAACGGAAUUGGGAGGAGUUAGGCAAUAAUCUGAUGAAUUUACACCGGAAUCUUGAACACAGAACUACACUAUGGACUGAUUUAACCGUACAAGUUGCAAACCUAUUCAAUUGGUUCAAUAAAUUCAAUGAUCGUAUUCAAACAUGGCUUCAGUCUAGACCAUGGCUUAAUGUACAUAGCUUAAAUGACAAAUUAGAUGCUUCCUCAUCUAACACUUUACAAGAUUCAAUGAAAUCAUCUACUACAACACUAAUUUUAAAUGAAUUUAAACAAUAUUCAAAAGAAACAAAUAAAUAUAUUAAACAAACUGAAUCAUAUUUAAAUUUAGCGCGCGCGCAACAUUCAAAAGUAGCAUAUUUUCAAACAGAAUUAAAAAGCUGUCAGUUAACUGACAUUCAAACAGAUGCUUAUGAUCAAUUAUGCAACAAGUUAAAUCAAUCUAUUGAUUUAAGUAAUCAACUUAUUGAGACACUAAAUACCACAUUCUCGAUUGGUAAUGAUUUCCAGGUGAAAAUCAAUAGUUUUAUCAAACAAUACAAGGUUUUCUUAUCUUCUAUGAAUGCUAUUCGAAUAGAAUUUGAUCAGUCGAUAAGUUCAAUACCAAAGAUUGAUCAAUUGAAAUCAGAUAAACAAAAUAUUGAUGAUGUUGAAGGAGUAAAAUCGUUAAUUAAAGAACGUUCAUUGGUAUUGAAUAAUUUAAUCGAUCAAAUCGGGGAUGGACAACAGUUGAACAAUUUAUUGAUCGAUACAUUGAAUGAAAAGAUUGAUCAGUCCUUAGAAAAAGCAGAAGACGAAGAAGAAGAAGGGGGCGAAGUCAAAGAUGAUGUAGUAGGCUGUGAAAAUAAACAGUCGAAGAGAAUAAUUCUUGUCUAUCUAUUAAGAAAUCUUCUCAAGAAAGCCUACGAUAUAGAUGCCUACUAUAAUGCCUUAGGAGGUGAUGAAGUAACUCAUCCUACCUAUCGUGCUGUAAGAUGUUUAAUUUAUGAAUCAAUACAAUUACGUGAAACACUAUCACAAAAAUUGAUUACAAUCACUAAUGAAACAGAAGAUCAGUUAAGAUUAGAUUCAAUGUUAAAUCAUUUCGAUCAACAGUUGAAAGCACAUCAAGAUGAAAUGAAUCAACUAGCGAAUCGAUCAAUAUAUCGAUCAAAAUCAUUUGAACUGAAUUCAGUAAUCGAUAAUGUGAAUAACAAUGAAAAUACUAUGAUGCCAGUGAAAUUUUCAAGUUUAAAUACACCCACUGAUAUUGAUCACAAUAUAAACAUGUAUUUGAAUCGAUUAAAACAAACUGCAGAUGAUUGUGGUGACAGAAUAGCUCAAUUAGAAAAUUCUCUACACUGGAUGACGUCUAUAGGGAAAGAUGAUUUAUUCAACAUUGAACAAACGCUAAAUAAUUAUCAACAGAAAAUUGGUAAAUUAGAUUUGAAACUGUCACGUUGUUUUAAUGAAUUAAAAUCGAAGCAUGAAAUCACCUUGAAUAAAAUGCGGAAAUUUAAAAAUCAACUUACCAAAGAAUAUGAAUCAUGGCAAGAAUUUUUAACGAAUGAAGAGAAAGCGGAGAGUUGGUUAUCGAAUAGUGAAUUAUGCAGUAAAAAGGUGCUAUUUUUAAUCGAUAUCUCUGAGAAUGAAGACGAUGAUGAGAAUAAUGAUGAUGAUAAUAAUAAUAAUAGUUCUGAUGAACAUGUGGUUACAGCCGUUGAUGAUAAAGAGUUGCUUUCAAAACAGUUAACAAGUUUGGAACAAUUAGAAAUUGAUUUCAAAGAACACGGGAAAGAAUUACGUGAACAUGUUGAACAAUCAGCACGUCAGUUGUUGUUCAAUCUUAUUCCAAAUUCAUUUAAAUCCACAUCUGCUAUCGAUAAAACAAAUAAUAAUAAAUCCGAUAUUAUUGAUUAUAUUAAUAUAAUUGUUGAGCAUCUUUUCAAUCGAUAUAAUCAAUAUAAAUUAAACCUGCAAACAAUUCAUUCUAAUCUUAGUGAGAAAUAUUUAUGUUGGUCAAAAUUGGAUAGUAAUUUACAACAAAUGAAUCGUUGGUUACAUAAUAUCGAUUUACAAUUGAAUACAAUGGAAAUGGAGACAAAUUCAUUAUCAACAAUAUUGAUUAAUGAUAUAUCAAUGCAUAAAAUCGAUGAACAUUUUGCUAUACAUCAAUUAAAUGCAUGGUGUAAUUCAAAAUUAUGCAUUUUAACAAAUCUGUUAGAUGAACUACGUCGAUAUAGUGAAACUGAGCUGAUUCAACUAGAGGAGCUGGUACAAGCACAAUGUUCUAUUGAUCGAAUGCUCAAAGAACAUUCUUCUAACGAUAGCGAUAACAAUAAUAAUAAUGAUAUAAUAUCGGGGAAGAUGUCUUCAUCGUUGGGAAAAGAUGCUACAGAUCGAUUGAAUUGUAUCUUUAAAAAAUACGAUCAGUUAAAGGGUCGUUUAGAAUCAUUGAUCCACUUGAAUCAUGUUAUACUUAACUUAUGUGAAAAAUUUGUCCGUAAACGAUGUGAAAUAUUUCAAUGGUUACUGGGGCAACGUCGUGAAUUAGACCGGUUGAUGAGCCAAACCGAAUCGUAUUCAUCAUCAUCAUCAGUGCAAUCACAGAUCUCAUCAAUGCCUAAUAACGAAGUAACCAAAUUGUGUCAACUGUUUGAUAAAACCACUUGCGAUUUAGAGGCCUUCAAAACAUCCCUUUCAGUGACAUAUCAAGAAAGUCUGGGUGAUUUAAUUAAAUUGAUUGAAGAGUUGGGUCAUAUGACACCGUUACGAAUGGAACCGGCUGAAACAUAUGUCGCUGAUUUGAAAAGAGAUGUCACAGAGUUUUUUAAUUAUGUUACUCAAAAAUUAGAGUACUUUCGUGUAUGGAGUGAACAGUGGUCAAAUUUCUCCCUGGAUUGUAAUACAUUAAGCCAAUGGUUAACUGGACAGUGUUCAUCGCUGCUAUCGAUAUUGUAUGCUGAGUCUAGUAGUGGUAGUACAACUACAUUAUUACAAAUUACAAGUUCUGAUAUGAUUGAAAAAGAAUUCAACCGCCUGAUUGAUCGAGUGAAUAGAAGUCGUCAGUUGAGAAUCAAUUUAAUCGGACGUCAACCAUGCAUAGAAUCAUUAGUAAUGACUGCUCAAAGUUUGAUUAAAUCACGAGUCAUUGCAUCAAGUGGAGGUGGUGGUGGGCGAACAAUCGAUGACGCACUGAAAGCACUAUCAUCAUCAUCGCCAGACGAGUCAGCUAAAUCUCACUCACUAGCUGUCGGUAGUAACAUCGCCUUGAAUGCUGCCACACAUCUAAUGGAACAAUAUCAAACCUUGUUAAGUGUAUGCGAUCGUCGGUUAGAAACAGGACAGAUACUGCAGAAAAUGAUUGAACAACUCUUAACUUCUUGUAAAAGUUAUGAUCAAUGGGCGUGUGAAUUACGUGUGAAGAUAUCUGAUGUAGAACCCCAGUUGAAUUCAUAUGAAUCAUGUUCAGUGACGUCAGGGGAUUCAGAUAAUAAAUCCAGUAUGAUUCGAAUGUCUAUAGUCGAUAUGGAAAGUAGAAUUGAAUCUGGUGAGAGUUUAAUUCAAGUGAUCAAAGGUUGGACAGAUCAAUAUACUACAGAAUCAAUAAUGCAAGGUAAUCAAUAUCGUUCAGAAAUUGAAACUUUACAACGUUUAACUAAAUACGAUAGCAAUAAUUUAGAUCAAUUGAAUGCCAUACAAGACCUGGAGAAUGAUAAUAAUCAAUUGAGAAGUGUUUCAAUUUACACUGAUAUAGAUUAUUACUCAUUGAAAUCGAUAGUUCAAUCAUUACGUGAUCGAUAUGAAAAAAUUGUCAAAUGCGUCAAUCAGCGUAAUUUAUCUCAAGAGAAAUUUACAAAUUUAAUUGAAACCACUGAAAAUCAAUUAGAGUUGAUUAACUCUCAUGUGAAUCUUUAUGAUUUAUCAAAAAUUAUUACCUUGUCAACAGGAGCAAAAAUUGAUGAUUUUGAUAAAUUGAUUGAAAAUGUGACAAGCCAUUUACACAGUGUUUCAGAAUCAGUUGCACAAUUAACGAUAGAUACUAGAAAGUAUGAAGCAGAGAUGAAAAACUCAGAAUUUACUGCUGAUGCACAAUUAGGAAAUCGUUUUGCUCAAGCCUCUGAAGGGAUUCAAUCAAUUCAUCAAGACAUUUCAACCCUUCUUAUAUUAUUUCAUCAAUUUCACAAUGAAGCACAAAUAUUUUCUGCUUGGAUUAUUGACUGUGAGACAAAAUUUACUCGACUGUCUGAAGGUGGUGGUGGUGGUGAUUCAAAUCGAUUGGCGGUGUUUUUUCACUCAGAUAGUUUGACACAGUAUAUGGAUGAACAUGGUGAUGAUGACGCGGAUGAGCGUAUUAUGCAUCAAUUAGAUGAAUCAUGCCGAAGUUUAAUUUGUCAGUUGACUGAAGCUAAACAAAAGUUAUUGAUUAUUAAAGAGAUCAACUCUGUCAUUGAAAGUCGUGGUUAUCAGUUGAAUAAACAGCUGAUUGAAUCAGGUGAACAGCUGACAAGUAGGCUGAAAAUACUAGAAGAGUCGUCGGGUGGCCAAGUGAAGUCGUCUACUGGAGAUCAUUCGGCAUCGAAUCGAUUAAGUGUUAUUAUUCAAAAUCAUAUUGAUCAAUUACAAUGUCGUUUAAUCCGACUGGAUAGAAUUCAAAGUGUUUUUACAACAAAUCUAACUGAAUUAGUCGAUCGUUGGACAGAUUGGAAGAAUAGUUUCGAUCGAUUAAUUGAUUGGUUAAAUGGUACUGCGACUAAUUUAAGACGACCGAUUUUUCAUUCACUUGAUUCAUUGUCUACUAAACAACAAUUGGCGAAUAGUUUAAAGGCAUUCUAUCAAGACUGUGUUGGUAAGAAGGCUGAUUUCGAUUUGUGUUUGUUGAAAGCGAAUCAUGUGAAGAGUCUGGCGCCGAAUUGUAAUCUCCCCAAUCAAAGUGAACAAUUGUUUGAACAGUAUAAAAAUACAUUAGAUACAGCCUACGCUGCAUUACAACAAAUGCAGAAUUCUGUUGAAAUACAUGAACAAUUCGAUUCAGAUGUUUCACGUAUAACUCAAUGGCUUGAAAAUAUCGAUUUUCAACUGAACAGUCUAUCAUCAUCGGUUGAUGAAAAUACAGAUCGUGUCACGCUGGAGCAAAAUCUUUUAGCCUGUCAAUUAGUGAUUAUCUCAGAUCAAGUUUGUCGAACAACAGAUUCUUUAACAAAUAAAGAAAUAUUAGAUAAAGUUGAUGUAUUUCGUCAAUCAAUUCGAUGUAAAGCCCAGCAAAUAACAGAUAUUCAAACAGAUAUUGAAACAAAACUAAGCAUAAUAACAAAUUGGCAAAAUGCUAAAUCAAAUGUUGUCAAUAUUUUGAAUGGAAUUUGUCAAAGUCUACUGACGAUAACUGUUCUACAACAGAAAACAUCUGCUCAUCAGCAACAGCAACAACAACAAGUUCAGCCAAUGACAUUGAAUAUUUUACUGACUUUAAAAGAAGAACAUUUCAAACAGUUCCAGAAUAUCAAAUCUGAACUUGAACCAGUCGAAAUGAAAAUAGGCGAAUUAAGAAAAUGCACAGAGAAAUAUUUACAAUUUGAACAUAAAUUAGAUAUUCAGAGACAAGUUGAUCAACUGGUUGAUAAGUAUGCGAAAAUCCAGAGUGAAAUAGAAAUACAUCUUGUGAAAGUCGAUAAAGAAUUACAAAAUCUACGUGUAUUUCAUACAAAAAUCGAUGAAUCCAAAAGUUGGCUAUUACAGAUCUCUUUAAAGUUAAUGGCUAUCCAUUCAACCGAUGCUGAUGGUCCACAGGGUGUUAUACAAUUAGGACAAAUUGAAAAUCACCUGAGGAAGCAUUUGAAUACAUUCAUGGAAAAUAAUUUAAUUGAAUUAAAGUCAUUGUUAAAAGAUUAUCCAACAGAACAAGAUUUAUCGAUUGAAAUUGAUCGAAUUGUACAUCGAUUAUUUCCUACUCCAUAUAAUGGUGAUCAUGGUGGUGGUGGUAUAUCGAUCACUAGUGCUGAACAAAUUAUUGAUUAUAUGAAUCACCUGAAACAGAGUGUUGAAGGAUCUGGUGAACAAGAUGAUCAAUUUCAGCUGGAUUUAAAUCAGAUAUCAGAGUCAGCAGCAGCAACAACAACAAGUGAUGAUCGUGGGCGAGUUCAUCUAUGGAAAGAAUUAUUUCAAUUAGAAAUUGUUCAGUUAGAAUCAAAUUGUGAAAAUUUAUUAGUUAUGUGUAAACGUAUCAAGGAUCGACUUAUGGAACAACAACAUCGAUGGGCUAAAUUUGUCUCAGUUCUUCUUCGUAUCGACAACUUUUUACGCUUAGAAUUAGUAGAAUGGUGGAGGCUGGCAAAUGUCAAGAAAUUGCCUUGUCUUAACACUGCUAAAAAUGAUGAUACUGGGAAAGAAGGUAUCGAUGAUCCCUAUGAUGCUACUGCUGCUGCUGUGGAUCUGGAUGACAGUGAUGAUGAAUCAACCAGUAGAAAUUCUUCAUUACAAUCUGAAAAUUCCAAAGAAGUACAACUUGUAUUUUUUGAAGAGAAUAGCCUGAUGAAAAAACAAGACAAAAAAGACACUUCAAGUCAAUCGUUAUUAUCUUCUAUUCAAGAAUUAUUAGCUGAGAUAACUAACGCGAAAGCUGUUCAUGCUAAAUUACAAAUAUACUUACAAGAAUUAUCAGCUGCUAGACAUCGUUGUUCUACACCGCCUCCACGUCCAACAGUCUCUACAAAUUUGGCUUCACUCACUAAAUAUUAUGAUCCAUCAACUAUGUUAACUGAAAUCUUGGGGAGUACAAGUAGUCAAAAUGUGAAUAAUAUGAUGAAUUCAUCAUUACCUGUAGGUGUAGGUAAUACCACUACUGGUGUUCAUGAAUUAUCAAGUAGUGGUAAAGUUCAAAUGUCUGAAGAAACAAUGAAUGCACUCACUGGUUCAGAAUUACGCCGUAAAGGAUCACAUAUAAAUGAACAACUUGAAAUAGAAUUAAAACGACUCGAUAAACGUAUUGAAAGCUUACAAGAUCUAAAAGUUCGUUGGGAUCAACAAAAUCUUUGUGAAACUGAAUUUUUCAAUUGGUUACAUCAAAAACGCGCUGAAUUCGAUCAAAUUAUUCAUCAGACAUCUGCAACAUCACAACAACAACAACAAAUUGAUCGACAAACCACCGAUCAUCAUCAGCAUUACACUCAAUUGUGCAAAGCAAUGGAUACAGCUCGAUUAGAUAGUCUACUCAAUGAACUAAAAGCUAAAAAGACAAUUAUUGAUCAAUUGAAGCGUCAGUCGAAAUCACUGAUUGCCAAUAAUAAUCGAGUAUCACAUAAUCUUAAAUUAAUUGAAUCAGAAUAUGUAUUAUUAAUGAAUAAAAUUCAAGAGAAUAUUAACAAUCGUCGUUUGCUUACAAAUCAAGCCCUGGAAGCUACUAGACUAACAGAUCGUUUACACUCUGAUCUACACGAUAUUGUUAAACGUUCAACAGGUAUUGAUACUGUUCAAUGUUCAACAGAUGUUGAACUGAAAAAAAUGGGGGAUUUUAUUGAACAAGCCAGUAAUAUACAGAAAGAACUACAGAAUGUUGAACGUUCAAAUGCGCAGUGUUUAACAUAUGUGGAUUCAAAGACAAGUGAAGAAUUUCAAAUGUUUAUGCAAUUAAAACAAAAUGAAUUGGAUAAUGUUUAUGAUAUUCUUCACAGGAAAUUGAAUAAUCACUUUGAUUCAAAUUCAAUACAAUUUGAUAUUUGUUUAAAACAAUUAAUGAAUAUUGAUGAAAGAUUAUCAACUAUACACAGUCUAAUGAUGACUCCUUUAAAUAUUGAUUUUACUAAUGAUGGUGAUGAUGAUGCGAAGAAUAAUGUUAUUUUAUUAAUCAAUAAUCAUGAUGUUAUCACUUCAGAAAUUUAUCAACUUCGAGAAGAAGCUUUCACAUUGAUUGCUAAUGUCCCUACAUCAUUCCUACUACAGUCAUCAUCAUCACCAUCAUCUUUGAGGUCGUCAUCGUUAUCGCCGAUUUUCACAGGAAAGAUUCAUCUCUAUGCUAAAUUAAUAAGCCAACUGAAAUGGAAAUUUCGACGAUUAAAUGAUUUAGAUUUUUAUGAUCAAAAUCUGCCAUCGAUAGAUCAUUUAUUAUCAUUAUUAUCAUCAUCAUUGAUGAGUACCUUCAUUGGAGAUAAUUUGAGAUACAAUUUGAAUAACAGUCUUACAACUGGACGACGUGAAUUUUUAUCACGAUAUUAUGUGCUGAGUAAAGAAUUUCUGGAUAAAAUCAAUUAUGUUAAAUUUCAGUUGGAUAACAGCUGCAUUACAGAUAAUAUAUUAUCUCCCUAUCCAUCUAAUUCGAUUAGUAUUCACAAUAAUCAUAAUAACAAUAACAAUAAUGAUAGUGUCGGGUUAUUAUCACAUUCACCAUCGUAUUCUAGUGUCCAACAAGCUAUGCUUGCUUUGAAACACUGUUUGGAAUCACGUUAUGAACAACUUAAAAAGAUUGAAUCGUCUAUGGAAAAGAUUGAAUGGAAUUCAAUCUUCAUAAAUAAUGAAUUAUCUAAUAUUUAUAAUCGUAUUGUUACUAAUAUGAUUUAUUGUGAACGAGAAAUCAAUGGAGUUGUGUAUUUAAUCCGACGAAUUGAUCAACUUUUACAUGAAUAUAACUUUUUCUAUAAUAAAUUGGUUAUCUCAACCUCUUCGAUAUGGAAACAGUUUUACUCAGAGAAACAAUUGAAGGAUCAUUAUGCAAUGUUGAGCACUUUCCUUCUCUGGAUAGAUCAUGUCAAGAAAGAAUUUUAUGAAAUCACAAAAACUGAAGAUGAUGAUAAUGAUGAACGUGUGAACACGUUUGUCAAUGUUUAUUGUAUUACACAAAUGAAGAUAUGCAUGAAACCUUUGUGUGAAUCACUUGUGAUAAAUGUGAAACAUGUUCAGAUUGAUCUAUUCAAUCAUUUGAACAAUUUAAAGAAACGUAUGCAUUUAUUCAAACAAUUUGAAGUCUCUGAACGUCACUACUUCAACAACUCCAGACAAUCCCGUCGUCAUCGUCGUCGUCGUACUCAAAGCGUCUGUAUUGCAACUCUGGAUUACAACCGCUCCUCAUCCUUGAAGACAAUAGCUCGAAGACGAUGUAAUUCACUCUGCAUCGAUAAGCACCCACCAAAUCCAAUCAGUUUAUUACAUUUGACAUAUUCAACUACAGAUUCUUUCAUGUUCUGUAGAAGUGGAAAUAAGCAAAAAGAUCAAAGGGAUGCCUCUCCACUGGUUGGCGUUCAUAUUUCUACUAGCUGUUCAGAUGAACAGUUGACCUCUGUAUAUCUUGGUGCUACUUCACCAUCACUGUUGUCGCCGUCGCUGUCGUCGUCGGCCUCAUCUGCUACACUACGUCAUUCAGGAAACAAUCAAUACAUUUCAGAUCAUUGUGAAGAAAUAUUAGGCGAAAUGAUCAAGUCAACGACAGUAUCAUCAAGCAGUUGUCCAAUGAAUAGUUUAGUUUGUAUAAAUGUAUCAUCGGCUACGCAGAACACUGAUGAUGUCGGGGACAAAAUAAACAACAAAACGGAUAGAUAUCGAAGAUUCGCAAAUAAUUUCUCCAGUUUUCUUGAUGGAUAUAAUGGAUUUGCUAUGGAGAAUAAAACUGGCCGAAAUAUCGAUGGAGAGUCUCCGCUUUGUACUACUGAUUUGAAUUCUACCUCACAGGGAUUAUCCACUGAUCCGCUGUAUCUGAACAGAUUUGAUGAAAAUGCACUAUUACAUGAAUCAGUGACAAAAUCAUACAAAAAAAUACUCGAUGUUGUAAAGAGAUGUCAACUUGGCUUAGUCAAACUUAAAAAUGAUGAUGAGGAACAUCAUCAUCACCACCACCAUCAUCCCAACAAUAACAAUGACGAAAGCCACGACGCCGACAUCAAUUCUCCUGAUAAUGAAUACAUACCGUUACAAGCUGUUGAUUAUAAUACUCUUCAUGACAAUUCAUUGCAUACCUCACCUUUAAUAACACAAAUCAACGUGAUUUUAAAACGCUUAAAUGCAUAUAAUGAAAGUCUGCCGAUUAAUGAAAAUGAUGAAAUAAUGUUUAUUGAACAAAAGUUAGCCAACCUGUGGAUAGAUUUCAGUGACCUUGUCAAUGAAAUGGUCAAUGAGGAUUGGGAAGAAUUCAGCGAAAGUGAUGUAUUACCAGUUAUAAAAGGGAUAAUAAAUCGGAAUAUUUCAAUUGUACAAUUCACUAAUACUUCGACGACUUCAUUCGAUCAACUGCUUACUCUAAUAAGUGAAAUUGAUUCAGGCAUAAAAGAAAUCAAUGAAUUUUUAUUGAAAUUAUCCACUACAGAAGAAGAAGAAGAGAAGAUUCUAUCGCCCGCUGUUUGGUUGACAUCAGUUAAAACAAGCGAAUUAUUGAAAAUUGAAACAAUUUACUUACGCAUAUUAGCACUUAUUUUUAAUGCUGCGCAUACAUCAUUAUUCCUGGUUUAUGAUGUUGUGUUGUGUAAUUCUGGUGAAGCAGAAAAGGAGAAGAGGAAGAUGACGCAGGAGCGGAUCCAGACGAAUUCAUGUUUAUCUUCACAAGGCAGUGAUCAAGAGAUGCUUCUAUUGAAUCAAUUGAAUUAUUUAAAGUAUAUUUUGAAUCAAUUCAAUGUGUCCAAUGAAUUUAUCAGAACAGAUCACAACAGUAUCAGCAACAACAGCAACAACUGUUAUUCCUCUUAUCAUCAAACAUUACAAUGCAUAACGGAGUUUCUUCUCUACAAGGACUCGUCUUUCAAUCUGUCUAGUCUAAUUACAUCAUUAAACAAGUUUUUGCAUCGAAUACAUACUUGUCUACUGAAGAUGACAACUGAUGAAGUGCGAAACAUAUCAAGCGAUGAUAAUAAUAAUUCCUUAUUGAUGAUAAUGAUGAUGAAUCCAUCCAUAUCCAUCAAGAAUAUGCCAGUUAACAAGUCAGUGUUGGACAAAUCACCUGACACUGCAUCAUCUCAUACUACACAACUAUUUGAACAUCUAUUGAAUACAGCUGAUAAAAUUAUUCAAAUGCCAAUCUUAACUAUGCAUGAAUUGAAAAAUAGAUUUACUGAAUAUAUGGAGUUAUUUAGCUGUAUUCACUGGAACUGCUGUCGUACAAGCUUAUUCCUCCUCCUAGAGAAGUCAAAUACUACUGCCGCCAAACACUUUGGAUUAGGCAUCAGUGAUGAUCAUCCUGUGGAUCAAGACGAAUGUCAACUAAACGAUCAAGAACACUGCACACUAGAUCUUAUCAAUCGUGGUGUAGAUUUAAAUCAUAAACUGAUGAUAUGGUAUGGUAAUUCCUAUUGUCUAUUAGAUCAAUGGAAACGUUUAACUGACCAGGUGGAUUGGUUCAAUGUCCGUAUACGAAGUUUAUGGAGUCGACUGCCUGAACCGCCAAUUUCAAAACCACCUCAAAUAAAAUUAGAGGAAUUCUCCACUACUCCUCCUGCUACAAAUCAAAUGGAAUUCAUAUCCCCAAUUCAAGUAUCCUAUAAUAUUUUAUCUUCAAUCAAUUCUCUAGAUGCACUAUUAAUUCAUAAAAAUUGGAUUGAAAAUAUAUUCAAAUCUUUUCAAGGCCUAAUUCCAAUAUGUGAAACUAUUCUACUUCAAGGUCGUUGCUUGACCUUUGAAUUGCUUCGUUUAAACAAAUUAAUGAACAACAUUGAACAAAGAGGGUUUAUCGUGAAUCAGAUAUAUGAAAACUUUGAUGAUGAUGAUAAUAAUAAUGGUGAUAUUCAUAAAAUUUGUUGGAAUAAAGAAUUCGAAACUCUAUGGUAUUUAAUAAUUGAUUGGAUAUCUCAAUUGGUCAUUGAACUCAAUAGUCAAAUAAUCCGCGUUCAGUCAUUGAAUAAUUAUAUAAACAUAUCAGAAUGCUGGAUUACAGCGAAAGUGGAUAAAUUAAAUUUUAGUCUAAAGCAUUAUAAAAGACAAUUUAAACAUAAUUCAAAUAAUUUAUAUCGAUUAAUGAAUGCUUUCAAUGAAAUUGACAAGAUUAUCACUGAACUGCACAUCAGUAAAGAGACUAUCUACAUAAAUCGUGUUAAAUACCUCAUCAUAAGCGAUGAGAUUGGUCGGAAAGAUUUUCAUCCUCAACAGCAUCUGUUUUAUUCACAACUUCAAGAAUCCGCGAAAUCAUUAGUUCAUGUCUAUGAAAAUUGUAUUUCACAGUAUGAAAAGUUAUUACACCGACAUCAAGAUGGUAUAUUAGGCCAUCUUUCCCGCUUAUUGUCGGCGAUCAAUGAAGAAGAAGAGUACCCAUCAUCAUCAUCAACAAUUGGUUUAACAAAAGUCUUGAAGUUAUUUCAAAAUUGGUUCCAGUUGACUUCAAACAUUUCCCAUCAUAACAGAGAGCUCCACGAUGAUGCAACGGAUGACGAUGGAAGAGAAAUCAGGCAUAUAUUAUUUUACAUAACUGUUGGCGAUGUCUGUCGUCGACUAGAGGCUCGUAUGCCUAUUCUUUCAGCUGUCUACAGCUUAGAACAGCAUUGUUUAACCAAGUAUAAUACUACCACUAAGUCAACAGACUAUUAUUCUUAUCAUCACCAGCUAAUUCAAUGGAAAAAUAAUCUUGGCAUGAUGAAAACGAUUCAUAUUAACUUGGCGAAUGAUUUAUUUGAAUAUCGACGAUUACGUCGAUGUUAUCAUCAAUUGAUAAUUGAAAUUCAGCUGUCCACCAAUAGAGACUAUUCAAAACUGGAGAUUUAUACAAAUGUUGAAAAGUGCUUUUUUAAUAAAUAUAUUGUUGAUGCUUUAUUGAAUGUAAAAGAGCGUAAUGGUGGUGGUGGUGCCCAACAGAAUAGCCUUAACUCCUCACGUCUUAGAAUUUUAAUAAACACGAUUGAAGAGUUCAAUGCAUCAACGAAAUUAACUCGCCAAAAUACACUUCGCUUAAUUUCUACUGUCUAUAGAAUAUCUGAAGGUGAAAUUUCAUCGAAAUUUAUCUUAUCCAAUGACGAACAGUCCAGAUGUUGUAAAAUGUUAGAAGUUUUGUUACACACAAACAAUGAACAACUUCAAAAGUCUAAUAAGACAUUGAAUGGCGGCAGUAAAUAUUGUCAAUUAGAAAUAUUGUCAAAUAAAAAUUGUUCAACAACAGUAUUAUCGUCUCAGAUAAUGAGUAGAUUUCAUCAACUUUUAUGUCAAUUGUUACGUGUGCAUGGAUCGAUUAUCUUUAUGAUACAAUCUGCUGAAAAGUUUGAUUUCUCUACAAUACUAUCAUCUAGCAGUAAUAAUAAUAAUGACAGUCAAGCAUAUUUUAAUUAUACCGCUUUAUGUUACAUGUUCAAUAUGAUGCAUGAUAUUGAACAAUUCAAGAGAUAUUGGUCGAAUAGUGUGAAUCAUCAAGAGAACGAUGAUGAUGCUAAUCGAUCUAAUCAUCAAAUGUACAAUGAUGUGAAUGAUUUACACAAUGAGAUGUUUUCUAAUCAAUCAAUAUUUAAUCAAUUUAUAAAUUGUGGUCAUACAAUUUUGAAUUUAUUUAAACAAGGAGAAAAAGAAGAAGACGACGACGAAUGUUUUGUUUGUGAAUAUAUUCAGAAUUCUGUACGAAUAUUAUUGAAUGAAUUUAUCACGAUGCGCCUUGAUAUAACAAAUAAGUUAGACGAACUGCAUACACGUCUUUAUAAUCAUAUCAAUUGUUUGUGGAGAGCACAGAUACACUCAACAGGUAUAAUGCAUCAAUUACAAUAUUCAAAAGAUAGAUGUAGGCAGAUUGUCAUGGACCUCAUAAACAAUGAUGACGACAAGGUAUGCAUUACUUCAAAAAUGACCAGCAUUACGUUAAAUGAAUCUAAUCAAGACUCUGUGCCAUCAACUCUGUCAUUAUUCAACCUUGCUAGAUUUGCAUAUCAACAUACCUUAUUGUCAAGUUUGAAAGAUGUUAACCAAUCAAAUUUAUUUGAUGGUGCUAGUCACCACCGCCGCACCACUGAACAUCGUCACAAGACGACAAACGUUGCAUUGAAUAGUGAGAUUUCAAAUUUUAUCAAAUUAAUUGAAAUAUGUUUAUGUCGUAUAAAACAUCAACGUAUCUACUGUCUAGAAUCAAUACAACAAUUGUUAUCAAAUGAUUUGUACUCACCCAUAUUAGAUAUAUUAUCCACUGUAACAGAAAAUAAAAGAGAAGUGAAGAAUUUCUCCUUUGAAUGGAUCAAUACCGGAAAUCUAGUAAACAGAAUUAACUAUGCCAUUGAGGUUAUGAUAAUACAUACUAAGAAUAAUAUUCUAUCUAAUAUAUUCAAUUUUCAAUUGGAUAAUAUUGACAAUUUAACUAAUAUCAAUGAUAAAGGUAUAAUUUACUCUAGAGAUUGUUUAAGCGCAUAUCUUCAGCAGCGGUUUAUUCAAUUUGAACAGAAUGUAACCAAUGCGCUAAAUAGUUUCACAGAAAGCAAUCAAUUAAAAGUGCUCGAAUUGGACGAUAUUAUCAACAAGUAUAUUGAUGUAAAUUCAUGGGAUAUUGAAUAUCAUCAGCAUCUUCAACCACUAUUCAAUUCUCUUUGCAUAUUGGAAUAUUCAACUAGAACUCAUUACAACAGCACUCCUUAUUAUUCAUCGUCUACAACAACAACAACAACAACAGCAACGACGUCGACCACGAUAAUCAAAGAUUGGCUUGUUCUUGGUAUCUCUUUACGUCAACUGAAAGGCCUACUACACGUGUUGAUCAGCAAUUGGAUGUGUUUUGUAUCAUUAUACAAUAAUGUGAACAAUUUUGUUAGUAAUUUAGAAUUAAUAGAUUCUGCAAAGCAGGUAUAUCAUCUGGAAUAUUUAUCUACACUUCAAGAUAUUCAUCAAUCUCCAAUAGAAUCCAUUUAUCAAACAUUUGAAAAUGAAUUAAAACGUCAACAAGCUUCAGUGAACAGUUUAUUCCUUCUCGACACAAAUAAUAACGAUGAUGAUCAUGGUUUUAGGAACGAGGAUCAAGUGAAUGCUGUAAUGGAUUCUACUCAUGAUGCUGACAUGAAUACUGAGGAUAAUAAUCAUAAUAAUAUCCUAACCGAUGUAACUAUGCUAUCAGACUAUCAACUACACUGUACUAUAUGUCAUAAAAAUCCAUUUAAACAGAAAUUAUUGUCCAGUGAUGCUGUAUUAAAUCAAUUAAUGAAACGCCUUAAAAAUAGUCUGCUUAAACAAAACCAUAAUGUAUUGAUUUAUAAACAAUAUGAAAAUUGUUUAAAUAACUUAAUGCGUCGUGCACAAGGUAUUUCAAUGUGGGCAAUUCAAUUUAAACAAGACGUCAUUCAAUGUUCAAUGGAAGAAAUUCACCUCAAUCAAGAACUCUUAAUCAAUCAAUUAAAUAAAGUUGAAGCCAUGCUGAAAUCAUGUCAUGAAGAAUAUGAAAAUAUUACUUCACAUCAUAUUGAAAAUGAGCCUUCCUUAAGAUGGCGUAAUAAUAAUAAUCAAUUCUUACAACUAGAAUUCGUGCACAUACUACUGAAUUAUUUAAAAGUAUACAUUAAACAAAGCUGUCAACAAAAUAAACAAUUAGACGAUGAAGAAGGAAACAUUUUUAUGCUAAUCACGAAAAAUGUUAAGAAUUUAAAUGAACAAAUAAAGCGCUUUAAAACUGUUAUGACCAACGAUCAUGAGUCCUGGAAAUAUUCAAAUACUGUUCAAAAUGAAUUUAAUAGGAAUCAGGUUCGCUUUCAAUUGAAACACGCCAUUCGUGUUUACAAUCAACUUGUGGAAUUCUGUGAAUGCAACUGGGAUAACAAGGAGAUUAUUCACAUUAGGAAUAAGGAGAAAAUUUCAAUCCUACAUCAACUUCAGCAUUUAUUCACUUCACUGAAACAAAUCCAGGAAUGUAUUCAACACGAUUAUGUAAAUAGUUUAAACGAAAAUAUUAAACCUGUUGAAGCAGGAAAUUUUUACAAAGCUACUAGAAAUUCAUGUCAAGAAGAAUUAGCCUCAAACGAGAACAUGGAUAUAACAACUCCUAAAAUCGAUGUCAAGCAUGUACCACCGACACCACCAUCACCACAACCGCCUAUCCAACACAAGAGGAGUCCAUCAUUGAAAAGAUUAAAACAGUUGAAUAAAGAAGCAGUACUCCAUGAUGAUGUUGAUGGCCGAGACAAUCUGGACAAAAUGUGUAUAAAGGAGACGUAUAAUUUAUUUUAUGGAACAUCGAAUGACUUAUACAGUGAUUCUACAUCUUCUAAGAGUAAAACACAAUUCAAAAGAAAGAUGAACAAGAUUUCAAAGUCUGUUGGUGAUUCUUCAGCGAUUGCUGAUAAUAUGUCGUCAUUAUCAAAUGGAAUUACUGAGAACAACUCAAUGAAAUGUACCACUGAGAAAUACACUACACAAUCAACCACCUCUACUCGAACUAAUCCGACAGCUAGUAAUACUACCGCUAUGAAUACAAUUCAUUUUAAUUCUGAUAUAUACAAUUUAAUUUCACAAAUAAAAGUUAGUUAUAUGAAAGUUGAACGUCAUUUGAAUGAACUGAUUAACUGUACUACUAAUGCCAAGCACGGAGAGGAGGAAGGGAAGAAGAAGAAUACCGCCGGCAUUCAUGAUGAUGGGGAUCAUAAUGACGCUGAUGAGGAUGAUGAUUGUAAAGAUGAUAAAAGGCUAACAUACUUGGCAACAUCAUGUGAUCAGUUGAAACAAUUUCUAGGUCAAUUGAAAGCUUAUCAUUUUCGUGUUAAUUCAAUAAAAUCAAUAUUAUUGACAAGAAAUAAUCCUAAUUACAAUUGCAAUAAUCAUAAUCAAGAUGCUGGUGGUGAUAUAUUGCAUCAAUUGGAUGAUAUUUGGCAGAAAACAAUAAUCUCUACAAAACAUUGGAUUAGAAAGUUACAAUAUAAUUUUGUUUACGGGAAAAGUUUGAAGUAUUUAAUCAACGAAUUUGAAAGACAUUUUGAAUAUGCACAAGAUCGAUUAAAUUAUGUAGCCAGAAGAAACGAUGUGUCUUGGGAUAAAUCAUGCGUAGAAGAAGACGGCGAAGAAGAAGAAGAAAGAUUUGUCCGUGGUAAAUUAUCAUUGACAACAUUGUCGACAAGAGGAUCCCUUUCAUCAUUGUCAGCAUCAUUAUUUCCCUCCUGCUCCUCUGCCUCCUUGUCUCCCUUGAUGUCAGUUUCAUCCACAUCGUCUCUAUCGCCUUUAUCCUGUAUACGUCUAUUGCGUAUUAUUAAAUUACGUUUGACAAAUUGGCAUGGUUAUACAACACUAUUACUAAUCCCUAUGGAGAGCGAUGAUACUAUUGGAUCGUUAGUAGAACUAUUCAAAACUUCAAACAAUUCAUUGGAUGAUUGGAAUAUACAAGAUGACAAUACUACUACUAUAUUAAAGAUUGAUUUGAUCAAAUUACAAGAACGCUUUUCGGGUUUACUAGAGAAAAAUGAAAGCCUACUCACUGAAUAUAUAUUAGCGUAUAAUUCAAUGAUUAGAAAUAAUCAUCGACGAUUGAAAGCUGCUGAUCAACCUACCGAUGAAUUGUACUCUUCAAUGACAUCGUUAAAUAAUACUACACCAAGAAGUCGUACGAAUUCACUUGAUUGUUUUACAGGCUUUUUACACCAACAUGAUGAUCUUGAUAAUAAGAACAAGAAGACGACGUUGAAGAUGGUGAAGCAGGGAGAGAAGAAGCAGAAGCAGAAUGAUAUUCAAAAUGAAAAUUAUAAUGAAGCAGUCGUGGAUGCUAAAGAUGACUCAGUGAUCAAGUCGACUUCUUGUUUAAGUCUGAUAGAUUCGACAUACUCACAGUCGAUUGUAGAUUCUUCACUACACUAUCCAUGCUUACAGGAAAGUAAUCUUUCAAAUGGAUCGGAUACUGACGACAAUAUAGAAGAUUUGGUUUCAGUCACUUCACACUCUAGUGUCUCUAUGGUUUCUGAGUCGUCUGACGAAGUAACAAAUGUUUAUCAAACUACUGAAUCUUCUUGGGCAUCUGAAAUCACAACAACAGCAGCAGGAGCAACAGUAACACAGAGUAUUCUAGGCUCAGAUAGUACAUCGAUUGGUGCUAGUGAAAGUACAAUUCAUAGUGUACACAGUUCUACACGUAAUAAACGUUCUCAUAGAAAAUUCUAUCAUUUUCAAGAAGCUAAUAAUAAUACUUCUGCUACUACCUCUACUAGUACUCCUAUGACUACAAUUAUAAAGCCAUCUACUGAAGUUAUAUCUACUCAACAUUUGAAUUUAAUUCAAUCAUCAGUGAAUGAAUAUCAUCCACAACAACAACGACGACGCCGACAACACCAACAACUAGAAGAAGGUGGAGAUGUCGACAACAACGAAAUUCUUCCUUGUCUUAUCAAACAAUAUCAUGAUUUAUCAGAGAUAACCAAUACAACAACAACAACAACUAUAAUUGAUGAUUCUAUGAAUUCACCGCUAACUUCUCCUGUCCUACAUAAAAAUUCAUCUUGUAUAAGAAGAAUGUCUAAUGAUGAUGAUGCAACAUCUGCACCACUGUCCAUCACCUCCUCUUAUUUAAUAUAUUAUGAAAAAAUUAAACAAUUCUAUGCUAAAAUAAUGCAUUUAAUAUUGAUGAACAGAACAACUUUGAAUAUUGACAAUCAUUCUCCGUGCAACAGUAUGGCUACUUCACUACUACAUCAAAGUAUAUAUGAACGAUUCUAUCAUCAUCUGUGUACAUUGUUACGUAAUCGUAUCGAUCUGAUUCAUAGUAAUCCAUCAGAAGAGUUAUUCCAGGCAUCAUCAUCAUCAUCACCCUCCUCUUCCUUCUUCUUGUCAUUGGCAUCGUUCUCAGGUGGUAUCUCUUCUAAGAAUGCAGAAGAUAAUCUCGCGGGAAUUCAAUCGUCAUCAUCAUCAUCACCAUCAUCCUCAUCAACAUUAUAUCGAAUAAAAUAUUUACUGAAUCGCAUAAAGCGUCUAUUCAUAAGAUUUUUAAUCAUUUUAUUUAUUUUAUUUUUAUUAUUUUAUUUUAUUUGCUUAUUUAUACAAUUUGCAUUUCCUUUAUCGCCUUCGUCGCCGUCACCUUCGUCAUCAUCGUCAUUGUCGACCUCUGUAAAGACCGACUAUGAUGACUAUUCAACACCAACAUCAUCAUCAUCAUCUGGAACAGUGAUAGGCUGUAGGACAACUUCAUCAUUACUACAUAUCUUAUACUAUUCUAUUUUAUCUUUAUUUGAUGAAGCUAUUCAAUGUGAAUAUUAUUAUUCCUUUUAUUAUUCACCAAUGAAUUCAUUGCCUUCAUCUACGGAUGAUGUCAUGACUAAAACAUGGCCACCUAAUGGACCACCAUUUUGA